GUGCACCGUAAGAAGGCGUUCUAUUCCAUUAGUAACUAGACGAGGAGGUUGUUUGUAUAUAUCAGUAAACAGUAAAGUGGAAGCAAAGAAUUCAGACUUUGAGAAUAUGAUCUACAAUUUAUACAUUUUUGAUCAGAAUGGAACCUGUUUGUAUUACCAUGAGUGGAAUAGGAAAAGGAGCUCAGGAAUGUCUAAUGAGGAGGAGACCAAGUUAAUGUAUGGUAUGAUCUUCUCUAUCAAGUCCUUUGUAUCAAAGAUCUCACCCACUGACUGUAAAGAUGGAUUCAUGAACUUUAAGACAAACAAAUAUAAACUUAACUUUUAUGAGACACCCUCAGGAUUGAAGUUUAUCAUGAACACUGAUGUGGGUGCAACUGAUGUACGAGCACUUCUUCAUGAAAUCUACAGACAGGUAUAUGUAGAGUAUGUUGUGAAGAAUCCAGAGGUUCUACUAGGACAUUCAAUCAGUAGUGAGCUUUUCAAGAAGAAACUGGAUGAAUUUGUGCAGAGUUCUAGCAUCUACAGCAAAGUUUUCUGAAAGAACACAUUAAAGUAAAAUGUUUUUAGUUGAGCUGAAUUGUUAAUUAUGUGUAUCUUUAUUAUUGUAUGCUAAACAGACAAUGUACAAAAUGAGUGUGAUAAAUUGCUCAGGCGUUUCUUCUUGUUCCAUUGGUGCAGCAAAUAAACUUUUGUGAAUUGAUCACAAAGUAAGAAUAUUCAUAGAAGAAGUACAGAUCAAGAGUUUUGAACCAUAAUACCAGGAAGUCAGUCAUAUGGUCAAAAGUAAGUGUGGGUAAAUACAGUUUUCCUGUUUUGUAUUUAACUCUUUUUAGUGUCUACUGCCCUGGACCUCAGCCACCAAUGAGGUUAGUUUACUAUUUGUUUUUUAACAGUAUAUCACUACAAGAGCUAAAAACAUUUCAAAAUAAACACUGAAUACUGGAG